GGGAAACCUAUAAGAGUAAACAAGGCAUCAGCUCAUCAAAAAAAUUUGGAUGUCGGCGCUAAUAUAUUCAUCGGAAAUCUUGAUCCUGAAGUUGAUGAGAAGUUACUGUAUGACACAUUUAGUGCAUUUGGUGUCAUUUUACAGACUCCUAAGAUAAUGAGAGAUCCUGAAACAGGAAAUUCAAAGGGGUAUGCCUUCAUCAAUUUUGCUAGUUUUGAAGCCUCAGAUGCUGCUAUAGAAGCAAUGAACGGGCAGUAUCUAUGUAAUAGACCUAUUACAAUAUCUUACGCAUUCAAAAAAGAUUCAAAAGGAGAAAGACAUGGUUCAGCAGCAGAACGUCUUCUAGCUGCUCAGAAUCCACUUUCUCAUGCAGAUAGACCUCAUCAAUUGUUUGCCGAUGCACCUCCACCACCGUGUGCACCAGUGGUAGCACCAAUGGCUGCACCACCACCGCCGCCACCACCAAUGGUUGGACUUCCUCCUCCGCCAAUGACAGUGGUUACAUCUGGUAAAUUAAGUACAUAAUCAUUAAUUCAAAAAAAUUCACAUGUAGUAAACUCAAUAUCUUUAAAAGUGUUUUCUAGAUAUCAAAAUAACCAUAAAUGAUUCCAUAACUUCUCUUUUAAAAUAGGAAUACAGUCGACCCUCCCAUAACACUGUUGACGAUUCCAUUUUAUAUGAAUUUCAUGUUGUACGAGUCACUUAGAUUUUACAAAUCCAUGAGCUGUU